AUGUUAUUUGUUUUUCUUUUUCUUUCUUCUCUCACCGACAUCAUUUUGCUAUUACUCAGUUCAUUGGGGUCUGAUAUGAACGAGUUGUGGUUAUUAAAUAGGCAUGAAAAGUUCUCCGGAAAUUCUAAAUUAUCUAUCUAUGUUAAAUGUAAACAUUUAUCUACUAAGUUUUAUGUUUCUUACUGA